AUGGAUCGCAACACGGUCCACUUGUACGAGGCCCUGGGUGUGCCAAAAACCGCUACCCAGGACGAAAUUAAAAAGGCAUACAGGCGGCUCGCCUUGCGAUACCAUCCCGAUAAAGUCAACGCAGCCGAAGUCCCUGACCAUGAACAAAGGUUCCGAGAGAUUGCUGCCGCAUAUGAAGUCCUCGCUGACCCAAAAAAACGACAGGUCUAUGACAAGUACGGCAUGAUGGGCGUUCAAAUGGCUGGCACGGAGAUUGGAGCACAAUUGAUGGAGAUCGAAAGUCUUCUCUGCUCCCUCUUCCUCGCCCUCUCCGUCCUCUUGACCCUCGCCAUCAUCUUCUUCAGCUUCCUCUCCGUCCGCGUCGAUGGCAAGGUCAACUGGAACUACUACGUCGUCUUCAUCCCACUCUGGAUUCUGGAUCUGAUCUUGGCCGCGAUCACCAUCAGCCGUGGUCUUCAGCCAGAGGAUCCGGAACAGGAGGAUGACCACGAACACGAGGAUGGCGACGCCACACCAAUGGCACAGGAGGAGCGCAGGGCAAAGAAGUUGCAGGAAAAGAAGCGCCAGCGGAUUUUUGGGACGACGUUCGCACUGUUGAUCAUCCUCUUGUUGACGGCGUUCCAGGUGUUGAUUGUCAAGAAGGCGAACGACCCGAGCAGUAUCUCUGGACCGGCAGUCUUUGCACCCUAUUUCGUCUUCGAGGGCAUCUUUUUCUUGUUCGCGAUCAUUCGGCUGGCUCUGACGAUGAAGGUGCUAGCGGAUGCAGAAAUCUCGGCGGCAAAGAAGGCGAAGAUCGUCUUUGAGGCUCUCUGGUGGAAGAUUACGCGUCUGGCACUGGCGAUUUUGAUCAUGCUCCGGAUUGACGACAGGAUCACAUGCUCGUGGGGGAUCGUGUUUAUUCCGCUGUACUUGGUCGGCGUGAAGUACUUUUUCCAGCUCCUCUUUGGAUACAGAGAGUUUUCGCAGAUGCAGAACAUGGAGAUGAAACAGCAGGGACAGUCGCUCACGAUCGCCGGAGGAGUUGUGUUCUUGAUUGUUGGAUCGCUGUCGUAUGCUUUGAUCGGAUUGUUGGCGGCGAGACUGGAUGGGUACAGUUAUUCGGUCGCACGGGUGCUGAUCCCGGUGUUCAUCGUGCUUUCGAUCCUGUUGUGCUGUUCGGGAUGCUGUCUGCCCUGCAUGCUGCUUGCGAGCGGUGUGGGUGAUGACGAUAUGGUCGAUCGCGAGGGAGCACAGGUUCGGUUGGUGUCGCCUAAUAUGAGGAUCGAGAACGGUAGUGCUACCUCGGUUAGUCCUCCUUCGUCGAGGAGAUUUGGACGUCGAUCGAAUAACAUCAGUGCUCAGACGUGA